AUGUCGAAUAGUCAAUCUGGAUCCCCCCUACCCGAAUUGAAUAGACCCACUGCCAAGAGGUCUCCCUCUAUCUUGGUCACUGAUGCUCGUAGUCACCAGGUAAAGGGAGCAAGAGCACCAUUUGCUGGUCAUAGUUUCAAAAAACAGCAACAACGUCAACAACAGCAACAUCAAUCACCAUACAGCUUUGAGCAACUGCAACAUCAGAAUGCCUUGCUGAAACGCUUAGCUUUUAGAAAUAAAUACACUGAUAUCUCAGUUGACAAGUUGCUAAGUAAUUCAAGCGAUAUACCUUCUGGUCAAAGUCGACUCCCACCAAAGUUGGGAAAAGGUCGUAGUUUUGACAGGAAUAGCUCAUCUUCGUCUCCACCACCACCACCCAUUGUUAGCCCAUCGAAUCCAGAGACGAGGAGGAACAUCAGAAGUAUACCCAAGCUAUCACAAUCGCUACCAUCAAGAACGUCCAAAACUUCACAAAAAUUGGUAUUAAUACCCGAUGAGCAAAGACAUAAUGGGUCUCCUCCUCCCAAUAGCGGCAAUGACGAACGGAUGACAGAACCUCCAGACAGUUUAGAUAUACAAGCUCAAAUUUCCAGGUCAAGGGCAGAACUAAUGCCAAAGGAGAAACGUGCAAGAGAAUUCAGUCGAAUGACUGCUUACUUCAUCUGUGAGGAAUUCGAUCUACCAGCUGUGGCGAAGUUCCUUAGGAAAAACCACGAGGUUAAGCCCAGGCUAUACGAUGAAGCAUUGUAUGUUCCUUAUACAUUGCCAUUGUUGCCAGGAACCGAUGGAUUACGUGUUAAAUCAAACAACUCCAUAAAACUACAAGCAAAGAAUAAACACAUGGAGAAAAUGAUAAACAAAUCAGAGCAAACUGACCAUCUUUAUGAGUAUUAUUCAGGAGUGGAAACACCAGAGGAUGCAAACAAUUACUCAAUGGAUCCGGAGUUGGAAAAUUUUGACAAUAGCAGCCCCUUUGACCCCAGUGAGCCACAAUUUUUUGCUCCUCCUUUAGAUUCGUCGAGAAUCAGCGAUGAUGGUGAUAGUGGUGAUUCAAACAGUGACAAGAGUGAUGAAAAUCCAAAGAAAAGGGAAGUAAUACACAGCUCACUGUCAUCAUCGGUCCAUAAUCUGUCCGAUGUGUCCAAACACCACGCAGAAAUGUUUGUUUUUGCAUAUGGUGUUGUUGUGUUUUGGAAUUUUUCCGAAGUUCAUGAAAAGAAUAUUCUUGCUGAUUUGGCAUUUGCCGACCAGGAGCUUCUCAUUAAUCCUAUUGAUGAGCAGGAUAUUGAAACUGAAGAGUUUCAUUUUGAGUAUGACAGAGACAUACACAGGCCAAGGAUAUACAACGAUAUGAUCACCUUGCGGUCCAGCGACCACUUGAUAAAACUCACAAUGUCUCAUGCCAUUGCGCAACUGACGAAGCUAGGAUUAUUUGAGAGCAGAAUGGUAAACAUCUUGCAUCUGAUUAGUAAACUUCCCAAAAAAUUGGCAUUGACUGGAAGACUAGGCCUCAAAAGGAAUCAAUUAUUAAAAAAAUCUGGAAAACUAUUUAAACUACGUGUGGAUGUCAACUUGUCAAGCUCAAUUUUGGAUACUCCCGAUUUCUUUUGGUCAUUUGAACCUGCUUUGCAUCCUUUGUACAAUGCAGUUCGAGAGUAUUUGGAGAUUGAUCAGAGGGUACAAGUGUUGAAUGAUCGGUGUAAAGUGUUUUUGGAAUUUUCUGACAUUGUGACAGACAGUAUGAACGAAAAGAAUACAAAUCGGAUUACCUGGAUGUUGAUCAUCAUUAUAUUUCUCAGUCUUUUUGUUAGUGUUUUUGAGUUUAUAUUGGAAGUAAUGUAA